UCCCUGGCAAACAUGGCGGAGGUCAGGUUCUGUUUUGGAAGGGGAGCGCACGGAUUUGCACAUAAAUUAUUCAAGCGCGACCUCCUAAGACGUGUGAACGAACACGGUAAAAGUGCAAUAAACAAUUCGCCUCUCUCAGUCGGCCUUCUGACGGGUUAUUCUAAAAACUGCGAACGGAGUGAAGUCGCAAAUGCUGCGCACAGAGUGACCCCCGGUUACGUAAGUGUAACACCGGUUCCUGACGCUGGUGACGAUGCAUGGGACAAGGAAAAUAUCGCCAACUAUGACGUUUAUCGGGGACUUAAAGUGUACUCACUUGAUAAAAACACCAGGGUUCCGACUGCAGGAGUAAACCCGCCUCAGUGCUGGCGUACCGCAAAGUGUCGGAGGACUUGGCGCACCUUCAGUCCCUACCGUCAACGUGUGAGUUAUGGACACAGGCAUUGUGUGUUUAUCAGAGAAUACAGUAACAACAACACCCGAGCUGAGCCGCUGCAUAAAACCAAAACGGGCUAUUAUGACAUCCUGGAGGUUUUACCGUCCGCAACUCAAACCCAGAUCAAAACCGCCUACUACAAACAGUCCUUCGCCUACCACCCGGAUAGAAACGCCGGGAGCGAGGGGGCCACCGUGCGCUUCUCUGAGAUAAACGAGGCUUACACUGUGCUGGGCAACAAGGCGCUGAGGAGGAAGUAUGAUCGGGGACUGCUCGGCCUGGCAGACCUCGUCGCACCAGGCAAGCGCUCCUCCUCCCGGGACGGCGGCGCCGGGAGCUCCGCCAAAGAGCACACCGUGACACGGCGGUCUGUGGUGGGCACGGACACACGCGAAAGCGUCUUCGACUUCGACAAGUUCUUCAAGUCGUACUACAGCGAGCAGCUGCAGAGAGAGAGAGAACUGCAAGCCCGCAGAGAGAAGCGACUGAAGGAGAAAAGCGAGGCGAGCGAGAAUACGUUUGAUAAGAUGGAGGUGUGGGCCGGGCUGAUGCUGGCGAUGGCCGCUCUGUUUAUAUUCUGCUUGAAAUGAGGAGAAAGUGUGUAGUUCUAGUCGGGGUGGGAAUCAAUACAUGGUUCACAAGACAUAAAUAUAGCGAUACAACAACUGAAGAAAACAAAACUUCAAAUUUCUCUAUUUAUUCACACCAUAGGGAACAAAGUGCAUAAAGUCUAUGUAUUG